AUGGGUGGGAAACAGUCUCACGGCUUCUCCAACAAGGAGCUGAGCGAGGUGAGCGUCAUCCAAGGAGGCCGAAGGAGCACCGGCAGUGAUCAGACCAGCGUGUCGUCGGCCGCUGAGAGAAUUCGCAGACAUGCCACAGUACACUUUGGCUACAGCACCCUGAGCCUGGCCAUGCGCGGGCUCGACGAUGCCCCAGCUGAGCUGUGGGAGCUGCGUGAGCUCCAGAAGCUCAACCUGUCUAUGAACUGCCUUUGCUCACUGCCUCCAGCUCUCAGUGCCCUAGACAACCUGGUGGUACUCAACCUAUGGGGCAACAACCUGACCAGCCUUCCACCAGAGAUCGGCUUGCUGAAAAAGUUGCGUGUACUUUUUGCUUGCCGAAACCGCCUGAGUGAAGUGCCAGAGGAGCUGGGCUCUUGCACCUGCCUGGAGGUCCUCAGCUUGGCCAACAACCAGAUCAGUGGUCUGCCCAGCAGUUUGGCAGCCAUGCGCAGCCUGACUAAGCUCAACCUGAGCCACAACCGCAUCGCCCACAUCCCUACCUGUGUCUACAGCAUGAAGGGCCUGGUCUUUCUCCACCUUGCCUGCAAUCGCCUGGAGACGAUUGCCGACCAGAUCCAGGACCUAGUCAAUCUCAAAAUACUUAUUGUGGAGGGGAACAGCAUUCACACUCUGCCCAAGACCCUGUGCUUCUUGGAGUCCCUAGAGCUCCUCAAUGUGGACUUCAAUGAACUGCAAAAUGUGCCAGUGGAGAUGUACUUGCUGAUCAGACUUAGAAGGCUGGCCUGCCACCCUCUGGACAAGGGGCUUCAUAUUAUACAUAACCCUUUGCUCAAGCCUAUUCAGGAGGUACUCCAAGGAGGACUGAGCUCUUUGUAUAACUAUCUCAAACCUACGUGAAGCUCCACCAACGAGUGUGAUGCUGGCACCAAGCCGACGCCGGACACAUGGGCGCUCACGGCUCAACCACAUACCUGUCCGGCCACGGAUUCCACUAUUAGUAUUACAUCACAGGGCAUAUUACAGCACACAAAUAGAUUUUAAGUGUCGCUGGCUCUAAAUAAACACCUACAAACCGCCACCACGCACGCUAUGCGGAGCUCGCCUGUGAGCGUUAUCCAUAGUUAAGGGUUAGAAAGUGGGGGCAAAAAUUCACAGGUCUACAUUUGGAGAUUGAUUAGUGGCAAGUGUUUGGUGGGGAGGUGGAUAACAAACACAUGGUUUGUUGCAUUCAGGUCAUAGGGGUCAGUGAGUGGAAAGAACAGUAAAGUAGAAGGGGGAAAAUUAUGCAACAAAGAGCAAACAAGAUACGCGUCCAGUGUGAGAUAAUUUAUGGGAAGAUUCCAAAAGGAUCUAAAAGAAUUUCUCGUAGAAAUGCCAGUGACACUGUUGCUAAUUCUCGGAAGUUCUUUAUGAAUACAUGUUUAUUAGUUUUUCUUAACACUGUAACCUUUAUUUAGUCAGGAAUAAAAUACGAAGAUUUAAAAUUCCUUGCCGAAGUGUCCUGGUCAAAAAAACGUUAUAUGAACUAACUGAAGGAUUUUGUAGUGUCAGAGUAUACAGCAAAAUUAAGUAGUGAUCUGAUUUCAAUUGUAUGGUAUGAGCAAAUGUCAGACAGAGAAACAAUUGGAAAAUGCUAUCAGAAGUUGUAUUGGACUGUGUGAAAAAGUAAUUGCCCCCAAAAGCUAUAGUAUUUUUCAAACUAUAAGGCGAACCGGAUUAUAAGGCGCACCAUCAAUGAACGAGUUCAAUUUUAUACAUAAGAAACACCUCAUUAUAAGGCGCAUUGGUUUAUCAGUGCACUGCAUUUGUCAUUAGUUUGUUAUUGUUUAACAUUCUAAAUAUUGUUUUAUUUAACAAUUUGAUUAUUAGUAGGGUUGUUCCGAUCAUGUUUUUUUGCUACCAAUCCGAUCGUUUUAGUUUGAGUAUCUGCCGAUCCCGAUAUUUCCCAAUCCGAUUGCUUUUUUUUUUUUUGCUACCGAUUCAAUUCCAAUCAUUCCUGAUAAUUUUUCCCGAUCAUAUACAUUUUGGCAAUGCAUUAAGAAAAAAAUGAAUAAAACUCGGGUGAAUAUAUACAUUCAACAUACAGUACAUAAGUACUGUAU